UGUGGAUAUGUUGCGUGAGUGACGACGCGACAAGCAUGACAUGCACGAGGACUAGGGGCUGGACUGUUAUUGUCGAGUUUUAAGAAGGGCCUACUGUUAAAAGUGAGGAGUAACUAUAGAAAACAGGGCCACUCCGUUUUUACCUGGCUCGCAGCCGGGGAGGGUGCUUUUCAAAACGUUCCAGUGCACGCACGGUCCGGUUGUGCUGGAGCUCUGUCAGCCAGCUGGCACACUGAUGCCAAGAUGACGACGCCCAACUACUUUGAGGCUCUGACGAAGUUGAAGCUUGGCCGACAGACAACAGUAGGCCCAGACAACCAAGACACUUACAUCUUGGAAAUUGAUGCCCAGUCAAAUGCUCUAUGUCGAGGGGACCCCCUGGUGGCAGCAGUGUGCUCAGAUAGUGCUGUCCACGUCUACUCUAAGGGGACGCUCUUGCCGAUUGGCACGUUUCAAGGUCACAGUGACAUGCUGUCUGGGGCAAGGUUUGGCAACCGCAAUCCUUAUCUACUCUUCACAUCAUCCAAGGACGGAACGGUCAGGUGCUGGGACAUGAGGACUAAACGAACAAGAGCAUCACAGGUGUACACAGGCAUCGAGGGGAACAUGUUCACAAGCUUUGACGUGAGUUGCAACGACAGAAUUCUUUGUGCUGGAACUCAAGCACAGGGAGAUGAUGCUUAUUUGAUAUUCUGGGACUGUCGUUCGACUAACCUCCUCGGUGCAUACAAGGAAUCACACUCGGAUGACAUCACCCAGCAAAACCCAUUUGUCAUUCAGCAGGUGAGGUUUCACCCCAAUAAGCCAGAAAGCCUGGCAACCGGGUCGACGGAUGGCCUGGUCUGUCUCUUUGACAUCAGUCAGAGUAGCGAGGAGGAUGCAUUAGUCACCACCCUGAACUCAGAGUCCUCAGUGAGUCGGAUUGGCUGGUGCGGAACCAACAGCGAGUAUCUUUAUUGUCUGACGCACACAGAGACAAUUCUGAUAUGGGAUGCUGUGGAGUCAACGGUGCUGACAAGGUUCGACGACGUCAGAGAAAAGCUUGCAGAGGACGACCAGUGUAAAGUGGACUACUUGGUUGAUUGCUUCUAUCAUGCUUCGCUCAAAUCGCUUGUUGUAGUGGGAGGAUCUUACACUGGGGAUCUGAACCUGUUAGCCGUUGGCCGAGAGAGAGUACACAAAGUGCGUUCCCUGCCGAGUGCACACAGCGGGGUAGUUCGAUGCCUGCACUGGGAUAACAUGACGGAGAGUUUGGUCACAGGAGGGGAAGACUCCACACUUGCGGUCUGGCCGGGCAAAGAACCGCGGCUGCCAAAGCCGCCGAGCAGGUCCGCGGGGACGACCCCGACCUCGGCCACAACCCCUACAACUCCGACGAACCCGACAACCCCGACAAUGCGCAAGAGGAGAGCUGAGAAACGGGCGGCACUGACUGAGGACAUUGAGGUCACCAAACGCAUGCAGCGAAUGAAAGUCAACCACAGCCGCUCGGCCACCGUCAAAUGACUACCGGAGCGUGUAGAGCACUACGAACUGUGUACGCUGCUCUCGUGAACUGAACUUGAUAACGAAAACACAUCGAAUCUCAACCUAAUUCAAGGGUGUCAUGUUUCUUUGGUACAUUUUAUUGGCCCACCUGUCACUCUCAACACUUCAAAUAGUGCAGACUGAGCUAUUAACCCCUUCAGGGCGGGAUUAUUUUGACCGCGACUGCUGGGCUGUGGCAUGCCCUGAAUGGAGGGCUUUGUCCAGCAGCAGGCCCCA